AUGUCGAUUGCUGAAUCUAGAACUCAAUCAACUAUUCCUUUUUUGCCGGUUUCUCGUGUAUCAGUCAAAAUGGCUCCAAGUAAAUCAGGAGGCGACGUUCUGAAUAAUUGGUCUCAAUGGCAGAAAAAUGGCUCAAGAUCUGCGGAAGUUGAAGUCAGUUUAAUGGAAAUGAUCGCUCAUGACGUUUUACCGCUUCGUACAAUUGAGAAACCCGGAUUUCUGAAUUUUCUAAAGAUUUUAGCCCCUAAAUUGAGAAUCCAUAAACGCUAUCACUUCACAAACACAUUAUUGCCUAAUUUGGUAAAUCGACUCGAAAAUGAUAUUAAAGGAGCGCUUAAGAAUAUGGUUUAUGUUGGAAUAACAUGUGAUGGAUGGAAUUCGACUGAUGGAAAGCAUAGUCUUCUGAGCGUGACUGGUCAUUGGCUAGAUAGUAGAACUUUUGAGCCUAAAUAUGCCAUUCUUGGAAGUUGUGCUGUUCGAGGAAGGCAUACAAGUGAAAACUUUUGCAAUAUAGUAGAAGCUUCCCUGGACAAGUUUGAAAUUUCGAAACACUCAGUAGUAUCAGUUGUGAGAGAUGGUGGCAGUAAUGUGGAAGCGAUGUGCAAUAAACUGGAGUUAAAAAGUAUUCAUUGCUACGCACAUUUAAUCCAGCUGUGCGUAAAAGACACGCUGGAUUUGAUACUGGAAGUCGAACCGAUCGUUUUGAAAGUAAAAAAAUACUGUCGAAAAGUUCACAAGUCAACUGUAUGCCGAGAAAUAUUUCAAUCGCUUCAGAUUCAAGAAAAUUUGCCGGAAAGAAUGUUGAAAAAAAGCUGUGAAGUCCGUUGGUCAUAA